CGAUUUUAGGCAACAUGGCUUCUGAGAAAGAGGAUCGGAUUGCGGAGGAUACAAUGAUGGAUGAAGAAGAAGGUGCAACAUCUCCAGAACUAUCAGCUGAUGUAGAACUUUCUUCACAAGCUUUAAUAAAACAUCCACUACAGAAUAAAUGGGCUUUAUGGUUCUUUAAAAAUGACAAAACUCGAAAUUGGGCUGAUAAUUUACGCAAAGUUACUGCUUUUGACACAGUUGAAGAUUUUUGGGCAUUAUAUAACCACAUACAGAAAGCCAGUAAAUUAAUGUCAGGAUGUGAUUACGCUUUAUUUAAGGAUGGUAUUGAACCAAUGUGGGAAGAUGAUCAAAAUAAACGGGGUGGAAGAUGGAUGAUUAAUUUAAAUAAACAACAGAGACAUUCAGAUUUAGACAGAUUCUGGCUUGAAAUGUUAUUAUGUUUAGUGGGAGAAGCAUUUGAUAAUUUUAGUGAUGAUAUAUGUGGUGCCGUUGUUAAUAUCAGAAACAAGGGGGAUAAGUUAGGGUUAUGGACACGUGAUUCUUCGAGAGGAGAGGCUAAUGUAGAAAUAGGUAAAAAAUUAAAAGAAAGAUUAAAUAUACCUUCAAAAAUAGCUAUAGGUUUCCAGGUUCAUUCAGAUACUAUCACGAAAGCAGGUUCAACAGCCAAAACACGUUACCAAGUUUAACAUAGAUGAAGCCACUAGCCUGAUAAUUGUGCUAGUGAAAAAACAAUAUCGUGUGAUUGGUGACUUUAUCAAACUGUUAAAGAUGAGUGUGGAUGACAUUGAUUUUCAAGUCUAACUUUGAAAUACAGAGAAAAUUGUUGUGCUCUAGGUACACAGAGCAAAGUGGUGUCAACUAAACUUCAGACUGGCAAACAUGUUUCUGUUGUGUUACUAACACUGGUUACUUUGAUUAAAGUCAUUCUAUAUCUCUACAGCUGGGCUUUACUUUACUUUAUUUUGUGGAAUUUUGACAUGCUACUUCACUAAUGAACAAUUUUACUUACAAUCAUAGCUAUGUUUGGGGACAUAGCUAAUAAAAGAAAUAAUUCUGCAAUCCCAAAAUAUUGAGAAGUUGAAAUUAUUUCCAGCCUGUAGUGUUGUUGAAAAUGUUUUUUGAUGAACUAAAGUUACAUUGUCUACCUGAUUCAAGAUUAGAAUACAAAUUUUUUGAGUGUCUACAAAUUUCAUCUUGAAGCCCAAAAGAUAAAGAUCAUAUGGGUUAUAUAUUGUGUGACUAAACACCACUUAGCAAGCCAUAAGACCAAGUGAAUAUAAAUAUAAUAAGUAGUUAGAUUGUUCUCACUCUGCUCUGUGUAUUAGAAGUAUAGAUUCUGAUUAUGUAUAUUGUGAAGAUAAAUCUGUUUUUGUGAUGUGGUUGGAUUGUUAUGUUAUCAUGUUAAAUUUUCUUGGUAGCUUUGAUUUGAAUGUAGACAUAUUUUACAUUGAUUGGCUGGGGUUAAGAAAUUAAAAUGAACUUAUAGACUACCAUGAUGGAUACAGAUCAAUCCUAUCUUUGGGUUGAUAUUUAACUUAAAGUGCCUUUUUUCUCAUUUGUUCACUCAUCAGCCAUUCAAGUUAACUUUUUAGACUUCAAAUUAAAGAAUGAUUUUAGUAAAUACCUUUUUGAUAACAUCUAAAGUAAGAGCUGUAAGUUAUGGCAAGUAAUGGCAAGAUAACCAUAGAUAGAUAAGAUAUCAUCAUUAACAUGGCUUCUUACAAGAAUAAUUUCAAGUAUAAAAGAUUUGUAGAUAUUUUCAUCAAUAAGAAUUCAGAUCAGUUGAUCUUAACCUGACCAUAUAAAACUAUAAGAUUUCUUGUCAUUACCCAGAUACUAGAGUUGUAAAGCCUUCUCACACUGAACUCCUGAAUUAAGUUUGUGAUUUUUUGUAAAUGUUCAUGAACUUUGACCGUGUAAUGUUGUGAAAUAAAAGUCAAAGAUACUAAGUCACUAAAAUAACAGGUAUAUAGAUUUUCAUCUAUUAUUGCAUUUGCUUGGAUUUGAAGUAUAGUGUAUUGAGUGACUAUGAGUUAUGUCCCCUAUUUACGAUGUACAUAUUGUAAUCUUACCAAUGAUCUUGUUAUAUAUUUUGUUACUAUUAUUAUUCAAGGUUGGAUAUAGCUUGCAUGUUAAUAGAUUGGGCACCCCUUAGACUAUUUCCCCUUGCUAUUUCAAUAACUGGGCUCUUUAUUAACUGCAUUUUCAAGCGAUUGAGCAGUAACAAUAAUAUUAAUAUUUAUCAUACAUACUGAUACUAAAAUUUACCAAACAAUAUUAACUCAAAUUGUGUUUAAUUAAUAUAAUGGCCUGUAAGUACUAUUUAUAUUGUUAUUGUUGAUUAU